GUUUUUCCUCUUAUACAGAAAUAGAAAUAAAAUAACAGAGUUGGAAGGGAGCUUGGAGGUCUUCUAGUCCAACCCCCUGCCCAGGCAGGAAACCCUACACCACUUCAGACAAAUGGUUAUCCAACAUCUUCUUAAAAACUUCCAGUGUUGGAGAAUUUGCUAAUCUCUUGAUCCCCAAUUCUAGAAAUAUUCUUUGUGACAUAGCUGCUGAUGCGCUCAGUUGAGAUCUGCCCGACUCCUAUUGGCUAGAUGGCUGAGAGUGCCGAAGGCCUCAGGACUCCCCUUAAGGCCCAGCUCCAAGCUACCAUUGUUGUCAGUCAGAGCUGCUUUGCAUGGCUAGGCUCAGGCUUCCAGGAGUGGCUGCAGUUUUGCAUCCCACUUUAGUUUAGUUCCCCAAUUUAUAGGUGGCAUGUGACUGUCUUCCCCCACUCCAAAAAUGCUCCCAAGACUAUUGCCUGCACCUCCCCAACCAUGGUCAUAUCUUUAUCUUUUAUUAGAUUUGUAUACCACUCUUCUCCUUUCGGACUCAGGGCGGUGAACAGCCAAAAUAAAAACAUUUGUCCACAAAAGUUAAAAUAAUUUUAAAAAUUAUUAAAUGAAAUUUGGCCCAUAAUUUAAAACAUUUCAAUUAAAAAUCAGUAUCAAACUUUAAAACCAACAUGGAAUCAGGCCAGCCCAGCUAACUGAAAAAACAGGUAAAAAUUGUGACCAAAGAUUUACCCGCAAGCCAAUUAUCAACAGAUAUUAGAAAUUCAGCAGCCAAAGGAAAGCAUGAAGCGUGGGAAACUCUUGGAUCCCCCGUCAGACACAAGCAGCCCUCCGAAAAAGCACAAAAAAUCUCAUGAAUGCUCAGAGUGUGGGAAAUCUUUUGCUCGCAGGUCCCUCCUUUUGACCCACAGGAAGGUCCAUGUGGGAAGUGGGUCCAGCCAAGAUUUGGAGGGUCAGAAAUCCAACUCUGAAAAUGAAGCAAAGGAUCUCAGAAGCUCCUCCAGACUAAAACCCUAUAAAUGUGAGGAAUGUGACUUACGCUUUGGUCAAAAGCCAGACCUUCUUACACAUCAGAAAAUCCACACUGAAGAGAAAUCUUAUCAAUGUCUGGAAUGUGGGAAAUUUUUCCGUAGAAAAGGCUAUCUCAGAAACCACAAGAUAAUUCACACAGGGGAGAAACCUUAUAAGUGUUGGGAAUGUGGGAAGAGCUUUUCUCGGAAUUCAAGUCUUGGGCUCCAUGAGAAAUAUCAUGCAGGAAUCAAACCUUACAAAUGCUAUGAGUGUGGAAAAUGUUUCACCGAGACCUCAUCUCUUCGGAAACAUGAGAAAAAACACAGAGGGGAGAAAAACGAAAAGUGCCUCGAAUGCGGCAAAUGUUUUACCUUGAAAUCAACCCUGGUGCUACACCAGAAACGUCACACUGGAGAGAGACCCUAUGAAUGCCCAGAAUGUGAGAUUCGAUUUAUGCAUUCUAGUGAACUUAAGAGACACCAGAUGAGGCACAAAGGGGAGAAACCCUAUCAAUGCGGGGAGUGUGUGAAAAGUUUUGUUACACAAAAAGAGCUUCAGGUUCAUGAGAGAAUCCACACGGGGGAGAAGCCAUUCAAAUGUGGGGAGUGUGGGAAAGGUUUCUCCCAAAAAGCAAAUCUUGGAAAGCAUCAGAGGGUCCACACAGGAGAGAAGCCAUACAGCUGCGUAGAAUGUGGAAAAUCAUUUGCUUAUAAGCAAGUACUUUGGAGUCAUCACCUGUAUGACAAAAUCGCCCAGAUCCGGGGGGAUUUGGACUCUGACUGGGUAGAUCAGGGCAGGGUGACGAGGAAUAGUCUUGAGAAUGUUAUCUGGGAGGAGUUUGAUGCUGUGACUCCUGAUGAUGUGGACAGGAUUUUGGGGAGACUUAGUGCGGCCACAUGUUUACUGGACCCGUGUCCCUCCUGGUUGGUACUGGCUUCCCGGGAGGUUACACGAGGCUGGCUCCAGGGUGUUAUCAACGCUUCGUGGGAGAAGCCAUAUCAAUGCAAUGAAUGUGGAAGAUUUUAUCGUACCUCAACAGCCCUUAUAGUUCAUGGCAAAACUCACACAGGGGAAAAAAACUACAAAUGUUUAGACUGUGGGAGAGCAUAUGCUCAGUCAGCUGCCCUUAGAAGUCACAGCCGAAUCCAUACAGGAGAGAAACCCCACAAAUGUUCCGAGUGCAAUAAAUGUUUUUCUGAAAAAAGUGUUCUUGUGACACAUCAGCGAAUCCACACUGGAGAGAAACCAUAUAAAUGUCUGCAGUGUGGGAAAUGUUUUGCCAGUCGUUCAGCACUUCAAAUGCACACCCGACAUCACACAGGAGAGUGGCCUUACAAGUGUGCAGAGUGUGAGAAACCCUUUCAUUGCAAAUCAAAGUUAAAAAUACAUCAGAAAGUCCAUAGCAGAAAUAAAUCUCUUCAGUUGUGA